AGAAUCUCACGGCGGCCCGAGCGGCCAAUGGACUUGCGUGUAUCUGGGCCCUCGAAGCUGUUGAUCUUAUCGGCGUCGUCCAGCCAGUGACGCAGUGUACGACGCGGAAUACCUUCCAUCCGACAAACCUCACGCACGCCCGCUAUUUGCGCUAGAGCGAUAAGCUCACGCUUUUUCUUGACCGAAUAAUUGGCGCGAUGUUGAAUACGACGCCCGGCAGAGUCUGCGCUUGUUUCGGAUGCGUCUCCUGAUGCUCCUGGAGAUGCUAUCGGGGUCGUGCCUGUACCGUUAGAUAGAGCAGCUCUUGCGCUUGUUCGUUCAGUUGCAUUCUGCACCAUUGUUGCAUCAGUACCCUCGCCAGACGCGGCCACAUUUGCCUCCUCCAUACUCGACUCAGCUGAAGUCACUGCACUGAUGAGGAAGUGUCUCGCGUCGUCUGAUUGGUAGAAAAAUCGCUCUCUUGCCAGGUCUUACAAUUGAGGCGACGAGAAUUUUACAUUCAGGGGUGUCAAUAAUGGCAACUCGGCGCAGUUACACGGCGGCCUUCAAGCUUUCGGUGGUGCGCGAGUUGACUGAGAAUUCCCCUUCGCCUUCCGUGCGAUCACUGGCGCAGCGCCAUGGCGUGACGCCGUCCAUGAUCCGCAAAUGGCUGAGCAACCAGUCGGAGCUGGAGGCGGCAGUAGCAUUGGAAACUUCGGGCCGCAAACUCGGCAGUGGACGUCGCCCCAACACAGCGAUCGACUCGGCACUGCUACAGUGGGUCAAGAGUCAACAACAGAGCGGCAAGAGCCUUACAGACCGAGUGAUGCAGGAACAGGCCAGACGUAUCGCCGAGACACAAGGAAUCCAUGGCUUCAACGCAUCCAAUGGCUACAUUUACAGCUUCAAGAAGAGGAAUAAACUGUCGAUAGGUACAGGCAACAAGAAGCAGAAGACGAAACCGACGGGAGUCACUGUGCAGGUGAGUCAGGAGGCCGAGACUAUCGAAAGAGACUGCAUGUUCGGCAUGGAUAUUGGCCUUAAGAACAUCAAGUGCGCGCUGGUCUGCGCCACGUCUGGGAACAUCUUAGCCACGUCCAGUGCGCCCAUUCAACACGACACCAAGUCGCUAGAAAGUGAACAGAACGUGACCAAUAUUCUGUUCGCGGUGCUUUCUGCAGUGCAAGCACUGCCGCCGUCGCUGAGAGGGAACAUUCGUUCGAUCGGCAUCUGUGGUGUGAUGCAUGGGAUCGUGUGGUGGCACUGCGACGCGGUCCGACAGGCUGUGAGUGAGAUUCAGGCUGGGAAUGGGACAACCAGGAGCUGGUCUUGGAGUACCUACAUCACGUUCUUAGAUCAGCGCUGUACACCGGCAAUGCUGACCGAGUGGAGGGCCAAGAUUCAGCUGGCCAAUGCUGCGGCCACUGCGACUCCGUUUGGGAUUGAACCUUUUGAUGUUUGUGUGUCGACGUCGCCCAUUGCGUCGGGAUAUGGACUCGCUACGUUUGCCUACAUGAUGGAGAGACAACCGAGCGAUAUUGCGGGAUAUGACGCGUGCGGAACCAUUCAGGAUUUUAUUGCGUUUGCGCUGUGUGGACACUCCUUCCCGGCACAAAACUGCAUGGACGUCACCGAUGCAUUCAGCUGGGGAGGCUUCGACAUCAACACGAGGACGUGGAAUCCUCACGCUGUACAGGCACUCAAUCUCCCAGCACAUAUGCUGCCGACAGUGAAGGCUCCAGGUGCAAUUAUUGGCCAGAGUUCGGAGGUUGCAGCAGUUCUCUGUCUACCCAUUGGGAAGCCCGUAUAUCUAGCGAUGGGUGAUCAUCCUUGCGCAGUCAUGACUGCCAUGGCACAGACACGAGGACCUGCAGACCUCAACCUCUCGCGCACCUCGGGUACGUAUAGUGAGGUAAAAUGGGGCCAUGAGUUAGACCUUUGACGAUCUUAUUGAACGUGUUGUGGAUGAACAGUGUUGAGCGUUGGCUCAGCUUCGCAAUUAGCUAUGGUGUUAACGGAGGAGGACGCGACGCAACUGAAACAAUCGCGUGGUAGCUGCUCGUUGACAUUCGAAGUGAGGCCGUUCUUAUCGGAGAAUUGGUAUCUAGGCGUAGCUGGGUCAUUAUCAGGUGGCAACAUAUUUGCGUGGUUUGUGAAGCAGUGCCAAGCGUGGAGCCGGCAAUUGGCAGUGAAUCCGACAGCUGAAUACCUCUCGGACGAUGCAAUGUAUGCGCGCUUGAUUUCUCUCGGCGGCACCAAACUGGACACCGAUCUCAAGUUUUCGCCGACGCUGUACGGGGAAUGGGCUUCACCCGACGUGCGAGGCAGCAUUGAGCAAUUACGCAUCAGUAACUGGUCACUCGGUGAUAUCAGCGCUUCUAUCUGUCGCGGCCUGGUCGAUAACAUAUUCUCGAUGGUUCCCGACGAUCUGCGCACAGACCUGCUCCAGCAACCGUACGUCGCUAGCCCUACUGGAGUUCCUCAAUAUACAUGGCAGUUAAUACGUGCUCUGACUUGUAUCGCAGGAUGAUCGGAACAGGUAACGCACUGGUUCGCAACAGUCUUCUACAGCAUUUUCUUGGACAGAAACUAGCGCACCCUUCUCAGCUGUCAAUCCAGAGCACAGCUGAUGCAGCUGUAGGCGUCGCCUACAUCCCGUCACUACUGCAGAAAUGAGCGUCUUCUUCCAGUCGUAUCUACAAACAUGAGUCAUACACUAUUUUUGCGGCGAAGAUGGAAGAAUAAUUUCAUUAAAAGAAGAUGGGGAAGACCUACAAACUACGACUCAUAACUUCAGUCUUCAAGGUGUCGCUGCAAGAGUUCGUGGCAGCAUUUGGUCACGAAACCAACGCGUUCCGAGGCAGAACGUUGCGUCGCUCAAGGUCUCGCGCAAUCAGGUCAAUGCGCACACCCAUGUUGAAAAGCUCAGUGGAAUUCGACUGCGCGGUCUCGGAGUUACCGGCGCGAUGCAGUGCCACAACGGUGUUAUCUUUCCGACUCAGCACGGGCGAGCCGGACGAACCAGGCUCGGUGUCGGCAUUGUACCAGACACUUGGAUCGAUGCGGCUUUUUUCGCCGCCACGAAUAUAUCCCGAGGAAUCGAUCGAUCUCGACGCCGACAUCUCAAUCACUGCGGGUUUUCCAUCUUUCGUUGCUGCGAUCUCCUUGGGUUCACCGCGUGGAUGUUGUGGGAUAUAGAUGGCUUCACCUUCCACAGGACCGGCAGCACGGAGGCGCAAGUAGCCAUAUCGUCGCGUCAAGUCCGUUGCUAAACCAUUCGUGAGCACCCGAAGCAGAGCAUAGUCCAGCGCCGGAUUCUCCGUGACCACCAAGACUCGCGUGGCUUCCACAACGCCAACUUUUUCCCCCACGAAGCCUGCAUCCCGACACGAUUUGGUCUCGGCCAUGAAGCCAACCACAGCCUCCACGACGCGAUUAGCUCUGCCUGUUGGAGAAUAAGUACCGGGCCAGAAUCGACUGAUGAUAUUGGAGAGAGCGCCUUCUGUCCGUUUCUGGUCGACUACAGCUGCAUCUUUCAAACAGUGGUGGUUGGUGAUCAAAUAAUUGCCUCGUCCUAUGAGCCAUCCAGUGCAGAACGACCAACUCGUCGCUUGUUCAGAGCCGUCGAAUUCUUGCUCCUGCUUCGUGCGGAUCAUCAGUCUUGCCACGGCUCGAGCCUUUGCGUACAUUUUGGGCUGGGUAUUUCGAUAGCAGACAGCUUCUUUGGCUUCAUCCUCAGCUCCAACGGUGCUUUCCGUGUCGACUGCAACAAUCGAAGGACCGUAAAUGACGUACACAUACGAGUCCACUACUACUACUGGGAUAGCACGUCUUGGACCGAUUGGGAGCAUAAGCGUCGAAAUACUCGGAAAAUAUUCAAUCACGACUGUGUCGCCUUUGAUCAAGAACGGAUGUGUCUGUAGCAGCAAGGAAUACGGGCAUUCGUUGCUGGUCUCCAUAUUGUGGCGGGAGUUUGCCGUGACAUUGACUGAUAUCGAGCCACUGGGGUCACGCAGGACGAGUUUGUCUCCAGGCAACAAGUUGAGUUGCUUGAAAUUGACAGCAAUGAACGCUGCACCAGGCUGGACGGUCUGAAGUGUUGUUGGAGGCCUGUUGUUGCUCGGGUAAAGGCUCCAUUCCUCUCCAGCAACAGGAUGAAACACGACAACUGCAUCGGCAGCUUGGGAAUGCUGGGGUAACCCCGUCACACGAUAUUCACAAGAACUCACGUUUCGGCACCCUCGCCAUUGCAGCGAUAGCAGUGCAAGCAUCAAGGAUGUCGAUAUCGACACCAUUACGUGGCUCCUCGUUCUCCACAAACUCCGGGUUUGCCACUCUCUAAACAAGUUUUGGAAGUCACCGUUAGGAUUUUCUUCGUUUGACUGGGACAGGUAAUGUACGAUCGUAAAAAAAUGGUUUCCUUUUUCUCGU